CACCAGCAUCGCAAGAGGUUUUGGGGGUGAUGGCCUCCUGCCAGGCAUGCCCAACUAGCCUACGGUCCGUCGGGCUGGCUUGAAUGCGGCGAGAGUCCAGGCAUGUCUUGUAGGCGCAUGACCAUGUUGAUGCGCGGUACUCUAUGCCAGAGGGCUGCGGGUUUCGGGUCCGGUCAAGCAUACCCAGCUAACCUACGGCCCGUCGGGCCGGUUUGAACGAUUCGACCUUGUCGGCGAGAGUCCAGGCAUACCUUGUAGGCGCAUGACCACGCUCAUGCGCGGGGCUCUAUGCCAGAGGGCUGCGGGUGUCGAACCCCGGUGAAGCAUGUCCGACUAAUUUGCGGCCCGUCGGGUCGGCUCAAACGGUUUGACCCUGUCGGCGAGAGUCCAGGCAUAUCUUGUAGGCGCAUGACCACGCUUAUGCGCGGGACUAUGCCAGAGGGCUGCGGCGGGUGUCGAAUCCCUGACAAGCACUUCCGACUAACAUGCGGUCCGUCGGCUAUGCUUGACCGACUCGACGCUGUCGGUACAGAUCCCAGAAUGUCUGGUAGGUGUUUAUGGCGUCACGGGAUGAGUCUCGCGUUCGCUCCCCGACGAGAGCGGUGGGCAACAUCGGGCCGGCCCUUCGCACGCGCCACCGAAGCAAAUCACGUCGCUCCCGUGCACCUGCAGGCGAGUCUCUCUUGACUGGCCGACGUAUGUGUUGCCAUUUGGGCUCAUGUGUUCGGCCGUGUUUGAGCAAUGGUUGGGCGCAGAUGCUGGCCCUUGGGCCGUGUGCCCUCGACGCCGCGCGGCGGCGGGUCAGCAGGGUGCUGCAUUGCCGCGGCCGUCCCUCGGCUCGCGCCCGGCGCUGCGGGCGUUGCGGGCUCGAAUUCGAGGAGACGCUCGGACAGGUGGCGGCGGCCGCGGGCCUCGCCGUGGACGGGGCUCGGGCCCCGCUGCAGGAGUUCGCCGGCCUGGCGGUGGCCGAGGCGCUGCUGCAAGAGCAGCGGCGGGCGCUCCGCGGCCGCCCUGGAAAGGCCACGCUGGCGGACGACCGAGCGGCGAGCGUCUCGGCCGCGCGCGAGCGGGAGUGGCGCGCGAGGCCGUUCCGCCGCCGGGGGCCGCGCGCCGGCGGGGGCACCCGCCGCGCGCGACAGUGCCGCGCAGCCGCCGGGGAGAGCCCCGGCGAGCGGGAGGCCCAAGAGCGGGCACGCUGGAGGUCGCGCCUGCUCCGCUUGCCCAGCGGGGCGGAGGCGCCGACGCUGGAGGUGGCGCGGCCCUGCGUGGACCCAGGGCGGGCGCUGGGCGGCGUCGCGGGCCGCGAGCGCUUCCGAGCAGCAGGGUCUCACGCGAGGGCGAGGCGCCGCGCCGACGGCCCUUUGAAGCAGCUGGUCGCGGACGAGGGCCUCGCCAGGUAGUGGCGCGGAGUGUCGUGGCUUCGCCUCGUCAAAGCACGGGCGGUGCCGCGCUGCGACGGCCGCGGUCGGCGCCCACUGCGGCGCUUCGAGUUCGUGGACAGCGGUCCGAUGGCCGCGCUGGCGCGCGCGAAA